AACACUCUACUUGACUUUCUCAUAUAUCUAAAGUUCUAAACUUCUUCUUUUCAUGCAUAAGAAAAGCCACACAAAGAUGACAUUACUUUCUCAGAUUGGUGACCAUUCAUAACAUAGUCUACCCUACCUCAAGCACACUACCAAAUUUCACUCAGUGUUGUGUGUGUGUGUGUGUGUGUGUGUUCGUGGGCAAGAAUCAAGAGUAUCAGAAGUUAAUCAUUUGAGAUAAAAACAGCAGAUUUGGAUCAGCUUUCUGGGGAUACAUUGAUAUUUUUUUCAAGAAAGUAGGGCCCAGAGAUGCUGUGACCACCUCUAGUCCUUCAGUGCAUGCUCCUAUUUUUUAGCUGCUCAAUUCCACACUAGAGUGUUUACCUCAGAACAGAAGUUUUCUAACAGUGACAGUGGUUCCACCAAGAAAACAAUGGAGGAGGAUAAGCUGAAAGUCAUCUUCAAAGCUUCUGGUUAUCCUAAUUUGCCAAUGGGAGAGAUGAACUUUAAUGAGGCCAGAAAGAGGCAAUUUCAAAGUAUUGAUACUCAACAUACUGUAAUGGAAAAGCCUGCUGAAGAUAUAAUAAAGGAGAUUGCUAUUCUGGAGAUGGAAGUCAAGAAUUUGGAGAAAUAUCUUCUUUCGAAGUACAGGAAAACCUUUGAGAAAACCGCAUCAUCUUAUCCUGCAAUGGAAACCAUGUCAAAAACAAAUGCAGACAAUCUGGACUGUAAUUCUACAAAACAUGUAGUAAAGGAUAGUUCCAUGCUUGAUUCAACAUCUUCACGGUUUCCCCCCGCUGUAAUAAGUGAUCCAGGCAAUAAUUUUAGCGGCAUCUUGAGAGUUCAGCCACUGCUGGAUUCUAGCAUUCAGUACCGUAGUCACUCUUCCCUAUCUCAGUCUGCAGCUUGCUCUUAUAAAAUUUCUCCUCCUAGAGCAACUAACGCUGAAGCUAUCCACUCGUUCCACUCCUUGCCGUUGUCAAUGCUAGAGCGUGCUCAAGAUUCAUCAAGUGUUAGUCUUGCAGAGCAUCUUGCUACAGUUAAGUCCUUUGAUCAUGUCAGGGAAACACCGAAUAGGCUUUCUGAGGAAAUGGUCAAGUGCAUUACAUCGAUAUAUAGCCAACUUGCUGAACCCCCUUUGUUAAGUCAUGGUUUACCUACAUCUCCGAUGUCAUUCUCAUCGUCGAUGAGUGACUCUCCUCCGCAAGUCCAUUAUUAUGAUAGGAGGAGUCCUCAAAACAGAGAAAGCUCAUCAUUCAGUAAAUGGAUUAGCAAACCUUUUCAUGUUGAAGAUUCAAGUGAAUUAAGUGGAACUUACUCUACAGUGACUGAGAUUCAGGGACUUUGUAGAGAUGCUUGGAGAUUGAAAGGAGUUGAACAUAUGCUGCAACAUUUUAGGUCCCUUGUCUCUCAGUUGCAAGAAGUUGAUCCUAGAAAGCUAAAACAUGAGGAGAAGUUAGCUUUCUGGAUUAAUGUACACAAUGUGCUAGUAAUGCAUGUCUUCCUGGUGAAUGGAAUCCCACGAAGUAAUCUCAAGAGGACCUCCUUACUCUUGAAGGCUUCUUAUGAUAUUGGAGGCCAUACCAUAAGUGUUGACAUGAUACAAUGUUCAAUACUAAGAUGUCGUCUGCCUCGCCCUGGUCAAUGGUUUCAGUCAUUGUUAUUCCCGAAGUCAAAAUUCAAGGCUGGAGAUGCAAGAAAAGCAUACGAGAUAAGGCGUCCCCAACCUCUCCUAAAGUUUGCUCUAACCUCAGGAAGCUACUGUGAUCCCAUGGUCCGGAUAUACACACCAAAGAAGCUUUUCCAAGAACUUGAAAUGGCAAAGGAAGAGUACAUCCAGACUACGUGCAAAAUUCAGAACGAGCGGAAGAUAUUCCUACCAAAGAUUGUGGACUCUUACGCAAAGGAGUCGGGGUUAUGCUCAGCUAGUCUAUUUAAGAUGAUUGAGCAUUCGACAUCGUGCUAUAUGCUGCAGAACAGCUUUCAUCAGCCUCUUCAAGAAAAUAAGCUCUCCAAGAAAAUUGAAUGGAUCCCUCAUAACUUUGCUUUUCGGUAUUUGUUUGCACCAGAACUAGCCAGUAAAUAAAGAUACUGUACUUUAUAAGGGUUUAGUGGAUUCUUUGUUCUGUAUCAUCUGUUUCACUCCAUGUACUGGUUUCAGGUGAAGCCAAACCAAAAACACGAGUAUUCACAAUGUCUCACUCGGAAAUUAGGUUGUGAGAUGAACGCAGACCAUGCCCCCGUGUGUAAACUUUAAUUAGUAUUAUGUAAAUAGUUCUUACGCGA